AUGGAAAUGAAAGACGUCACUGAUCAAGCGAUCUGCCAAACCACCCUUUAUGUGGAAUCGGCGACAUUGGAAUUGGAUGAGGGUAGACUCACCAUUAGACAAAGCCAAAAACAGUUUGCCCGUCAACAGUCGAUUCAAGUCCAAUACUUGCACGUGCUUUGGGCUCAUGCAACUACAGAGCAAUUGACGAUUCAUUUCGCUGCAGAGCGGCACAAAGUCUUAAACGCGGCAACGAGAGUGUUUCAGCUCCUUGACCAGGACACUUCCUCUUCUCGUGUACAGGCCUGGAUCCAGUUACUUCUCGACCGCGCCUACGGCGCAUCAAAGCCACGAAAGCAUCUGAAGAUCUAUUUGAAUCCGGUUUCAGGCAAGGGAUCCGCUGUGAAACUGUACCAUCGAUAUGCAGAACCUCUUUUUGAGGGAGCCCGGUGCCAUGUCGAGCUGCAUGAAACGUGUUAUUCCGGCCAUGCGAGUUGGUCGGUCAGAGAAGACCGUGAUAUUGAUUCAUGGGAUGCGAUUGUGUGUUGCUCCGGUGAUGGUCUACCCUACGAGGUUAUCAACGGCAUCGCGCAGAGAGAUGAUGCUGGGUACAUCUUGAGAAAUGUCCCUAUUGUCCAGCUCCCUGGAGGUUCGGGGAACGCAAUGUGCGUCAACAUGUUCAAGACAACCAGCUUCUCCCAUGCAGCGCUCUAUACAAUUAAGGGUAUUCGUCAACCAAUAGAUCUCAUGUCAGUCACUCAAGGCGACAAACGGUAUAUCUCGUUUCUGUCGCAGAACAUCGGAUUAUUAGCCGAGUGCGAUCUUGACACUGAGAACAUGCGAUUCCUCGGCGGCCAAAGAUUUGCGGUCGGAUUCCUCCAACGCCUUUUCAACCCUCCCGUGUAUGGAUGUGACCUCGCAGUCUACAAUCCAGCUAGCGAGCAUCUGACUGACCCUUGUGCUGGUCGCCUUGGCAGCCAGUUCGAUGUAGAAGGCCGGCACGGGUUACCCGACUUACAAUUUGGGUCCGUGAAUGACAGUCUGCCGGAGAGCUGGAAGUGGGAGCAUCACCCAACAUUAAGCGUCUUUUUUGCAGGUCAAUUCCCAUUUGUGGAUGCCAAAUCUAAGGUGUUUCCUGACGCAAACCACGAUGAUGGACUGGUGGAUAUCAUCAUUAUGGAUUCUAGAAUUGGUGCUCGGAAACUUUUGCAAUUGUUCAAGAGGGUCCCAGAAGGCAAUCACUUAGCAAUGCGCGAGGUUCAUCACCGGAAAGUGUCAGCCUACCGGGUUGUUCCUGCCAGGACUCGUGGUGCCUUUAGUAUAGAUGGAGAGAGGUCUUCCUUCCAAACAUUUCAAGUCGAGGUUCAUCCACAGCUGGGUAUGACACUGGUCGCACCGACGGGAGUCGAAGAGCGAUAA